AUGGAACCUAAACCCUCAAAGGAGAUUUAUCGACCUGACUCAGAGGCACCCUCCAAGAAGCUUCCAGAACAUGUCGAUGGCUUUAUCGAGGUGCAAACUCUAAUUGACAUCCACAAGUAUCUUGGCGAGAGCGAAAAAAGCGACGACAUCUCUCUAGCCGCUUGGAUAAGGGAGCGAUACCUUUACGAGCCAAUUUCCGAGGAAGCUCGUCAGAUUCGCGAUGUAGAAGGCUUUGCUAAGCUUGACGCAGCAUAUCGAAGGGUGCGAUUGCUUACAGGGAAGGCGCAAGAUAAGUGGCCAUUCUUCUACAGGAACUGGAAGAAGAUGUCAUCUAUUGUUGUCAAAAACGUUGUUCUCGGGGACGCCGCCAUGAGCACGAACGUUCCAGUCACUAAAGGUGGAGUUGGGGAUUCAUCCACGAGCAAUGGUUUCGUUGGCCAGCGUGAUUCUGCCUUAUAUGAGCCAAAGUUGCAGGUACCGUUCUUUACUAAGAAACCCACUUCACACCAGGUGCUGUCACAGAAGUCCUCACAACCAGCUCCUUCCGUCUUAGCCAGCCAACCCACGCCAGAGCAACAGGUUCAACAUCGAGGUUUGUUAUUCCGAGACUUUUCUCUAUUUCCAACCCCAGAACCUUCCUAUACAUUCACCUCAGACACAACACUAGAGACUACCGUCUACGAUAGCAAUUCAGACCCGUCUGCAUUCAACGGCACUGUCAACAGCACGGUAGUACCAACAACCGCAUUGCGAGAUGCUAGAGCCGGCCAAGUGCGUGGCUCUUAUGGACGCUUUGUAAAAAGCACACUCUCUCCCAUUACUGCGAGAAGUGGCCCUAUCAUCAAGCCCGUGAAGAAACUCAGAACCAAAGCUGCUCUCCAUGCUGGAAAAGAAGAAGAUGCAUACUCGAGUAGCGAGGAUGUCAAAGCGCCUCAGGCGGCUCAUACUGUCGAUAGUGGGAUCACCUCAGACGACGACGAUGAGGUCAUCCAAAGCAGCAGUCCAAACUCGAACAAAGAUAUGGAGACUACGAAUAGCUCAGUUAAUGACUCACCUGCAUCAUCUGUCCUUGCCGCUGAGGCUGAGGCUGUGCCAUCUAAUCUUGAUCGAAUGCCACCGGGACUCAUAGGAAGGAAACGUAAGAGUGAGCCCGCGACUCAACGAGGUGCUAACAAGCGCGUUCGUGGAUCACGGGGCGGAGUGCUCGGCAGACUCCGCAAAUCUGAGCCGACGGCCAUGGAUUCUCCACCAAGCAUAGUCGAAGACGCAAAGAUCAGGCAAGUACCAUCGGAGGGAGCAGAUAUUUCCAAAAUGGCCACGCGGCGCAGCACUCGGAAGUCUGCUGUCUCUACUCUCAAGCGGCCAGCUUCACCAGAACCUUCUGCUCGAAAUGGCUCGCAGGCAGUGCCACAACAGAAAUCAGACGAGCCCAACAGUCAUCCUGUGACAAAGGACGUCGUCGUUGCCCUUGGUAGUGAUGGAUCGGCCACAACGAAACCCAACGGAGCCUUCUCCAUGAAUGCCAACGGGAUCGACAAGCCUGUGCGGGACACCUUUGCCGAGGAUAUGCCUAGCGAUUCCCUUGUUCAGUCAGCUAUGUCCAAUUCUGAAGCUCCGGACACGCGGAAGGCCUCCAAGUCGUCAAAGCAGAAGAAGCGGGUCUCUUUCGUGCCAGAAACCAAGGCUAAUGUGGCCGUUGAUUACGAAUUUUUCGCUCGAAUUUAUACUAGUGGGAUAACAGAGGAGAUCAGUUUGUCAGAGGAGGAUCUCGAUCAUAGAGGGGAUAUCGCCAAACGUUAUGCCGCGUGGCAGAAGUCAGGGGAGGCUAGUAUCACAUUCGAAACCUUCAAGAACAUCGUGAAGUUCGCGAAACAGGAUUGGCCGCGGUCAAUAAAUCGUCCAUGA